CUGGAUUUCAUUCUGUGUGAAGAGCUCUUUGCGAGCAGUUGUACUGUAGCGUGAUUGUGUCUUAGUUUCUUGUGAAUUUCAGUGCGCCAAAAAGUAAUUCUUAUAGAAAAUUUACGGCAGAGCGUGUUGAAGAGUUUCAAAGGUGCAUCAAUUGAUAGAAAAUUACCGAGGGAAGAAAAUGGAACAACGCUCUAAACUCUCGUCACAGCGCGGCAGCUUUGAUUGGGUGGUUCCUGGUCAAAACAUGAGUCGCGGCGCGGCCGCCAAAGUCUAUCCCAAGCAGCGAUAUUCUCCGUAUUAUGGAAAACAUCCCAAUUCUUCUGUUGGCCAGCAGCAGCCAUCUUUGGCGCCUUCGGAGGGAGGAUUUGAGGCUGGUUGUACCAGUUUGACCAGCACUGCGGGCUCAGAUGCUAAAUCCUCGACUGUUACACUGCAAAUCAGCAAUCUGGACUCAUCAUUCAGCGAGACUAUGCUCUGGAAUUGCCUCGUUUCGAUGCUGAAGCCCAUAACUCCGGUGAUAUCCCUCAAGUUUGAGUCUCACUCCUGUGCUAAACUCACGGUGCCGUCGCAUAAUUUCGCCAAAUCAGUGAUAGCUCACUUGCAUCGCAAGAAAGUGGGACACAAGAGGAUUCUCGUGUCUUACAACAGGGAUAUCUCAUCCCAUGAGUACUCAACUCUGUGCUGCCAAGUUGCUUGUCUCCUCAAAGACAUUCCGGAUCACUCAUUGCCACUCUACAAGUUCAGAGAACUGUUUCAGUCCCGCUUCAAGAUGACCAUCAAUCAAAUGGAGUUGUACAAGAUGAAGGAUCUCUGCACAAUUUCCUUCAAUGAAUCUGGUGAUAAGUGCAUCACUCUCAAUUCGAAUUAUGUCCACUGCUUCACUGGCAAUCCAAUUAUGAACACUAAUCUUCAGCACAGCGUGCCAUACUGCAGAAUCCACUUCCAGCAGGAGCAAUUCAAAGGCUGGGCAGAGAUGGACAUUGAGCCAUUGCCCAACGUCAUGCUGACUCUCAGUCAGAUGAGGAUUAUUUUGCAAUCGCUGCUCAAGAGUCACCAGGGUGAUAUUCCCAUUGCAUCUCUGCUGUACUGCAUCAGAUGCACUUUGGACUUUCCAAUAUUUCCCAAUGAUAACGGCGUCAACUUUGAGCACUUGAUCAGCUGCAUCUCCGGCACGAAGAUCUGCAACAAUGCCUUUGGGAUUCGCAUCUUGACGUGGGGAGAGACAAAUGAUUUUCCUUCUGUGGACUCUUCCCCGCGAUCAUCCACGGAUCCGCUUCAUCAGAUUUCGAAGGAGGUCAUCGAGUUGCUAAAAGUCACCCCCAAAGCCACAUUGCAGUUCAAUAAGUUCAUCCCCGCGUAUCACAAUCACUUCGGGAAGCAGUGUCGGGUUGCAGAUUACGGCUACACGAGGCUCAUUGAUCUCUUCGAUGCACUGUCGGCUGUUGUUCAGGUCAUGGGAGAGGGUGAGAAUCGCCUGAUCACUCUCACGCAUCGCACGCAAAUUCGUCGCUUCACCGCUGAUCUCUACAAGGUGCUCAAGUGCCAGCUGAACAAGUCUCUGCUCCUGUCUCAGCUGUCCGAUGUAUUCGCCCAGGUUCAGUUCAAGAGCUUCGACAUAACAGAUUAUGGAGUGUGCUACGUGACGGAUAUCCUCGAUGGGUUGAGAUCCAAUAAUACAGUGGUCAUCCAGGACAUCCCAGAGACUGGCGAUAUGCUCAUUUCCAUUCCCAAGAGGGAACAAACACCAACAGAGAUUGAGAACACGUGCGUCUUUGCGGCUGAGGUUGUUGAAUUGUGCAGGAAUGCUUCUCAGUACUCAAUCCUCUUCCAGAAGUUCGUCCGCUACUAUCAUUACAAUUUUGGGCUGCAGUGCCGCCUGAGUGACUACGGAUUCCUCAAGUUGGCCGAUCUUCUUGAGGCUAUCAGUGGCGUGAUUGAGCUGGAAUUCACCAAUUACGAGCAGAAAAGGAUCUUCUUGUCACCAAAAGUGGCUCAGCGUGUUUUUGUUGAACAAAUCUACCAGAUCCUCUCGUGCACCGUGAAUGUCGCCACACCAGUGAAGCUCACCACUUUGCUGCACUGCCACAAAGACAAGUUCGGAUAUCAGAUAUUGCCACAAUCUCUUGGUUUCAUGAGCAUGGAGGAUGCCAUCCAGAAUCUCCCCUUCGUGGAGGUGAUCAGAAAACGAGGAAUUCCGUGGAUACUUUGCCACUACAAUAGUGCGACAUUUAACAGUAUUUGCUACAUCGCUUGCUCCGUCUUUCUCGAAGCGCACACGGAUCACAUGCUCCUCAUAGACUUCAAGAAGUUGAUGCAACAGAAAAGUAUUCCGCUAAUGGAUUCUAAAAUAAGCGCCAUGAGCAAUUUCUUUGAGUUGGGAGUUAUGAAUGGUCUACAAAUGAUCUUCUUAAGUCCGACGAUUAAGUUUCUCUUCUCCGUGAUUGAUGUCUUGAGCAAAACUUUCGGCCUCAGCAUUGUAGAUCUUAAAUCAAUGAUGAAUCUCAGCAUUAGCAGCUGCUUCGCAUUCGGAUACCCAAAUAUCUCUUCGAUGCUCAUGGCCUAUCCUGACAUCUUCAUUCUAUCGCCGUCCACAAACAUCUCUGAGCGCAGCGCUGUGAAACUUAAUGAGGAUUUCAUGCUGCUGAAGUACAACUUGAGCGACUAUCUCGAGUCCAUUCGCAAUAAUUCAUCAUCAGAGCACAAUUUCUCUCAGAACAGUAUGUUCAGCAUGAGACAAUUCAGCUCCCUUCCACCACCGCCUGGACUGGGAUUCCCGUCGACUUCCAGGCCUUUUGACAUGUCAACUGAGUCACUGUACGGACAUCCAUCAGCAACAUCAACGUCUUAUAAGCACUCAGUGCAGGAAUCCCAAUUGAAACUCUUCGAGCGACGAAAUGGUCCUGACAGUCUUCUGUAUGGACUGAAUUCACUGAGUCACCUCGCAUCGCUUUUCUGUGAUCCACCGAAGCCAGACACUCCGCCGUCGAACUCCAAUCUGCCCUACUGGCUUGAUCCCGUGUGGCGUUACCAGAAGACCCCGCCGAUCGAAUGCCUUAACAUUCAACUGCCAGAACUCAGCACUGUGAACGUAUUCCCCAUUGUCAUGUCCCCUUUCGCUCUGCACGAUCAAUUCCAGUUCCAAGUGCCCCCUGACUCCCAGCAGGGAAUACCUCAGCCCAAAGACCACAAGUCCGAUGAUAAGUAGAACAAUUGAUGAUAGCCAAAUGCAUGAUACGAUAGAUUUUGUAGUGAAUUUUGCAUGCUCACAAUAAAGAGAGAACCAUGAUAUGAAUAAA